AUGGCUGACGAAGUUUACGACGGUGCCGUUGGCAUUGAUCUGGGUACCACCUACUCCUGCGUUGCUACAUACGAGGGCAACAAUGUCGAGAUCAUUGCCAACGAGCAGGGUUCUUUCACCACCCCUUCUUUCGUUUCUUUCACCGACAAGGAGCGUCUGAUUGGUGAGGCUGCCAAGAACAAUGCUGCCAUGAACCCCCGCAACACCGUCUUCGAUGCUAAGCGUCUCAUCGGUCGCCGCUUCGAUGACCCCACCGUCAAGAAGGAUAUCGAGUCUUGGCCAUUCAAGAUCAUCGAUGACAACGGCAGCCCCAGAAUCGAGGUUGAGUACCUCGGUGAGACCAAGACCUUCUCCGCCCAGGAGAUCUCCGCCAUGGUUCUCGUCAAGGCAAGUUGCACCCAAAAUUCCUCAGGCCUGGGUCUCCACGAGUCAAGACCAAGGAUGAAGGAGAUUGCUGAGGUCAAGCUCGGCAAGAAGGUUGAGAAGGCUGUCAUCACUGUCCCUGCCUACUUCAACGACAACCAGCGUCAGGCUACCAAGGAUGCUGGUGCCAUUGCUGGUCUCAACGUCCUCCGUAUCAUCAACGAGCCUACCGCCGCUGCUAUCGCCUACGGUCUUGGCUCCAACAAGUCCAACAAGGAGCGUAACGUCCUGAUCUACGAUCUUGGCGGUGGUACUUUCGAUGUCUCCCUCCUCAACAUCCAGGGUGGUGUCUUCACCGUCAAGGCUACUGCCGGUGACACCCAUCUCGGUGGACAGGACUUCGACACCAACCUCCUCGACCACUGCAAGAAGGACUUCAACCGCAAGACCAAGGCUGAUCUCUCCGGUGACGCCCGUGCCCUCCGUCGUCUCCGUACUGCUGCCGAGCGUGCCAAGCGUACUCUGUCCAGCGGUGCCCAGGCCACCAUUGAGAUCGACAGUCUUUUCGAUGGCCAUGACUACAGCGUCACCAUCACCCGUGCUCGUUUCGAAGAGCUCAACGCCAAGGCCUUCAACGGCACUAUUGAGCCUGUUGCCCAGGUCCUCAAGGAUGCUGCUAUCGAGAAGAAGGCUGUUGACGAGAUUGUCCUCGUCGGUGGUUCCACCCGUAUCCCCCGUAUCCAGAAGCUUCUGUCCGAGUUCUUCGACGGCAAGAAGCUCGAGAAGAGCAUCAACCCCGAUGAGGCCGUUGCCUACGGUGCCGCCGUCCAGGCUGGUAUCCUCUCUGGCAAGGCUACCUCUGCCGAGACUGCAGACCUCCUUCUCUUGGAUGUGUGCCCUCUCUCCCUUGGUGUUGCCAUGGAGGGCAACAUCUUCGCCCCUGUCGUGCCCCGUGGCCAGACCGUUCCCUGCUUGAAGAAGCGCACAUUCACUACCGUCGCGGAUAACCAAGCCUCGGUACAGUUCCCCGUUUACCAAGGAGAGCGUGUCAACUGCGAGGACAACACCUCCCUGGGUGAAUUCACCCUCGCUCCUAUCCCCCCCAUGCGUGCCGGUGAGGCCGUUCUCGAGUGUGUCUUCGAGGUCGACGUCAACGGUAUCCUCAAGGUCACUGCCACUGAGAAGAGCUCUGGCCGCAGUGCCAACAUCACAAUUGCCAACUCUGUCGGCAAGCUCUCCGCCGGUGAGAUCGAGAAGAUGAUCAACGACGCCGAGGAGUUCAAGAGCAACGACGAGGCAUUCAGCAAGAAGUUCGAGGCCAAGCAGCAGCUCGAGUCCUACAUUGGUCGUGUUGAGGAGAUCGUCACCGACCCCACUCUGGCCCUGAAGCUGAAGCGUGGCCAGAAGGAGAAGAUUGAGCAGACCAUCAGCGAGGCUAUGGCUGCUCUGGAGAUCGGCGACAGCACCGCUGAGGACCUCAAGAAGCAGGAACUUGCCCUCAAGCGUCUCGUCACCAAGGCCAUGUCCUCCCGAUAA